AUGGACUUUGCCCUGCGCGUCGCCGAAUCGACGGCUUUCUCACUACACGCUCUGAUUGGACUAACGGAGCCGUGCCAUGGUGCCUUGGAGUUCACUCUGCAGGUCAAGGGCUCCUUGCCGAGAUGGUUCUGGCCUCUGGCCGGUCUGCUCCUGGGCGUGGCGUCCUAUGCGAACUUCUCGGGCUCAGAAGAGGCCGUCUUGUGUGCGCAGGCGUACGUCGCGGCCUUUCAUACCGGCGCCAUGUUUUGGCAUUGGCGGCUCCAGCAUCACCCCGCGUCGGUUCUGGCCCCGUUGCUCUUCGUAGGCCUCGCGGCGGUGGUUUUUUGGCUUCGGCUCGGGAGUUUUCUCCUCGCUUUUUUGGGGACCGCGGCCUCUGCAGGGAUCGGA